AUGGGAUCUUCCUCCGCCAUGCUCACUCAUCGAUUUCAUUCAGGAAAGGAUCAUGUUCUGUUUCAAAAAUUAAAGGAACAUUUGAAUAGUAAACAACCACAUAUUCAUACCUCCCGAACAUCACACUUGAAUACACCAAACACAAACUAUGUGUACAGAGGUCCAACGGCAAGCGAGAUUUGUGUUUCUAAUUUAUUGUUGGGAAGAUAUAUUAAAGAUUUGUGGUGUGAACAAGUCAAUCCAUACUCUGGAACACCAGAAAUUCUUGCUGAUAUUUCUGUCAUGAAGAGUUCAGAUUUUAGUUAUGACUGUGUAAGACAGCCAGCAACAUUGAAUUCCUCAAACUCCACGUAUGAUGAUCAAAUGGAUGAUUGUUAUAGCGUUGUUGGAAUCAGAGCUUUUGAUUAUAUUGGUACCUUUGUCAUGCCUGGAACAAGCUACAUGAUUGAAGCUUUGAGAAAUGGAAGAAUAUUCUUUAUUAACACAAAUAUUCAGUAUAUUUUGGGAGGAGCAACAAGAAUUUAUUACAAGCCAGAAAAGUUUGCAAAUAUUAUCAAAUUUGAUGGUCAUGCUCAGGUCACAGGAAAAGGAUCAGAUGCCUAUGACCAUAUAACCUUUGCACAAAAAUCUGUAGAUUCCUCCAAUCUCAAUAUCAAUGGAAUGUACAAUAUUGAGAAUCAAGCAUUACAAUUGACAAAAACAUGGUACUAUGCUUUAGACCCAUCGGUGACAGAAGUUUUACAACUCAAAAUGAUUAGAGAUCCAACAUCUCAAAAUAUUUAUUCAGUUGCAUUGGUCAAACAAAACAAGGAUAGUGUAUAUCAAUUGAUUUUCUUACAACCUGAUGCAAUUUAUAACAAUAAUUUAGCCACUGUGAGAAAAUGGGAUAUUAUUGUGCCAGCUGGUAAUGAAAAGAUUCAUUUUGAUUCUUCAAUUCAAUUUGGAAACUUCUCAUCACGUGCACCAAUGAGAGUGAAUGCCAAAAUUUUUGAUGCUAACAAUUUGGCAUUGGCUCGAGCUUUGAUUACCAUUCAAACUGAUAAGCAAGUGAGAAUUUUCGAGUUUAGCGACAAUAGCGAGUCCAUGGCUAUUGAUUUCACAAAGAACGAUUUGUUGUCAACCUUCUAUAGUGCUCCUGAUUUUACUAAAAUUACCUAUGCUCGUCUCAUUUCGGAGACUGUUAGAAGACCCUUAUCACUGGAUAGAUUUUCAACAUGCUCCAAUAUUGAGUUUCCGCUUUCUCAGAAUAUGUUCUUGGCUUUGGGUUUAACUCAGAAUUACGACGGCCCUGACAAUAUUAUUUAUACCAUGCUUAUUCAUCAUAUUCAUGAAUUUUCAAGUUAUAACUUUGUAAAGUCAAGCAGUGGUCAAACUAACACAGUCAACAGACCAGAAAACUUUGCUUGUAAGCCCACAGAAUAUGUUGAUAGGAACGGAGCAUGUGCAUCUAAUAUUGAGAGUUAUACCAGGUUUGAUAAUGAAAUAAUUUCUAUCGACUCCAAAUUUAUGGAUAUCAACGAAACUAUUAAUGAAGUUGAUGCCUACGAUCCAGGUGGCCAUCUCAAUGCACCAGUUCUUUGUGAGCUAUCAUAUAUGGGACCAAAUACUCCACCAGACAAGGAAAAAUGUCGUUCUAUGGCUGAAAGUGUUGCUUGUGAAAUUGAUAUUUUCAAUGGUGGAUUAGGAGACGUUGCUAAUUUAUACUCGUUCUUCUAUAGUUAUUGGCAAGAAACCAUUUUUGUUACAAAAAGCAAUUCAGAUAUUGAAAUACAUGCAAUGGCACUAGAUUUAGAUCCAACUGAUACUCAGGCGUAUGUCACACUCACCAAAUUGAACCGAUUCAAAGUAUUAGGCAACAUUAUUGACUUGCAUGUUUCUUCUAACAAUUUACACAUGUUCAUCUCUGUGAGUAGACAACGAUGGGAAAUUGACGCACUGAAACGAUAUGCUCUUGUCUGUGACGCACUCGCUAAAAAUCCUGAUGACUUGUUUUUAAAGGCGUUCAAAGACAAGUGUGAACUAAUUCCACCAAUUCCAAUCAACGAAAACCAAUUUGCCCUCGUUACAAGUGCCUGUAUUAAGGGAAGUCUUUGUAGUUCCUUCUCAAAACAUUUGAUUCGAUCAACUUCCUCCAAAGGUACUUUUGUUUAUCGAUCAGUUGCUGAAAUUCCCUGCAUCAUUGGAAGUUAUUGUGUUUCAGGUAUAAGAAUACCUUGUCCUUUGGGAUAUAUUUGUCCAGACUUUGGAAUGGUUGCUCCACAAAAAUGUAACGCCAACUAUGGUUAUCAGACAUGUUACAGUGAUAGCUUGGACACAGCAUACACUUGUCCAAAUGGAACUCUCUGUACCACCGAUUAUUUAAUACCCAUUCCAGCAAGCCCAGGUCACUUUGUUAAAAAGACGGAUUAUGGACAGGGUAUUGUCGUGAUUGAUGGUCUUGAAAAAUGCAGUGAAGGAGAUUACUGUAAUUUGGCGAGAGAAGCAAUCACAACACCAAUGAAUGGCUCACUCUCCAUCUUGUUGUGUCCUGCUGAUACCUAUUGUGUGAAUGCAUCAAUUUUAGAACCUUCAUUAUGUUCCUAUACCAAUAAUUCAAUGGACUAUUGCCCACCCGGAUCCGUCUCUAAGAGCUUGUGCCCAGCAGGUUAUUAUUGUGCCAAUCCAAAUUCUAUCAAACCUUGCUCACAAACACAGUAUUGUCCAGAAGGAUCUUUUACCUAUCAGCUUUGUCCAGAAGGAUAUUAUUGUCCAAAUGCAAGUGCAAAAAUUGGUUGUCCUGCAGGUUAUUUCUGUAGACAGGGUUCCAUUGAGCCUUCUCCAUGUUCAUGGUUUUUAUCUUCAUGUCCUGAGAUGAGUGCUUCUGAUCGAAUGACUUAUGGAGGUCUUGUAUUGGUGUUUGUACUGUUAUUCUUGAUGGCAGUACUCUAUUUUGCAUAUGAAGCUGCUUUCAAAUUAUACAUCAAGAUGAGUACAAGGCAACGAAAGAGAAAUCCAGGUGAAAGUUCCUCUCUCUUCUCUCCCAAACAAAAAUCGUAUUCUACGGCCAAUACUGGUUGCAGCAGUUUCCAUGAAGAACAAUUUACUGUCGAUAUUGGAUUCCAAGAUUUAGGUCUUGUGUUGAGAGGUUCUGGUAAAAAAGUGUUGAAUGGUGUUACAGGUGAAAUUAAGCAUGGAAGAUUAACAGCUGUCAUGGGUCUAUCAGGAGCUGGUAAAAGUACAUUUAUUACCACACUCUCCAAUCGUGCCUAUUAUGGUACUCAAGUGGGUAAAGUAUUUGUCAAUGGAAUUGAAGAACGUCUUUCCAACUACAAUCGAAAAAUUGGUUUCGUUCCACAAGAUGAUAUUAUGAUUCCGACCAUGACUGUUGAGGAGACUCUCUAUUUUUCUGCCAAGACAAGAUUGGAUGCUAGUACUCCACAAAAACAGAUCAACGCCAUUGUCAAUGAUGUCAUUAAGGUAUUACGAUUGGAAGAUGUUAGACAUUCUCUCAUUGGAGAUCAAGAAAAACGUGGAAUAUCUGGUGGUCAAAGAAAACGUGUGAAUGUUGGUAUUGAACUUGUUUCCUCUCCUUAUGUGUUAUUCUUGGAUGAACCAACUAGUGGUCUCGAUUCAGCAAGCUCUAAAGAAGUGUGUGAAGCUCUUCAAGCAAUUGCAAGCUGUGGAAUUACAGUCAUUACAGUUAUUCACCAACCUCGUUAUGAAAUUUUCAACAUGUUUGAUACAUUGUUGUUGUUAGGAAAAGGAGGAAGAACGAUUUAUCUUGGCCCAAUUUCAAGAGUUGAAGAAUAUUUUGAAGAAAUUGGAUUUACAAAGCCAAAUGGAACGAACUUGGCUGAUUUUGUGAUUGAUGUUUCAGCAGGACUGAUUCAAAAUGAUACCAAUGAUUUUGAUCCUAGUACUUUACCUGAUAUUUGGGUUCAAAAGAAGACCAAAUAUUCCGAUGAGGAACCAGGAAUUGCACAAUAUCUUCCCAAAGAUGAGAAUGGUACAAGUUCACAAUCUAUCAAUUCCUCUCUUCCUCUUACUGGUGAAGAUUCGACAUCUUGUUGUAAGACUACUAAGAGUGAACCACCCAAGAGACCCAACAAGUUCAAGAAUCCAAGAUUACCCUAUUUUUCACAAUUUUUCAUGUGCUUUAAGAGAAGUUUGACUCAACUUCUUCGUACUUUACCAAGUUUAGUGUUGGAUUAUUCUUUAAUAUUCUUGUGUGGCGCAUUUCUUGGAUUAAUCUAUUACAAUAAGGUAUACAUUGGUCCACCACCAAAAGCAGUUUAUGAAAUGUGUCCAAAUGGGCUCCAGGACAUUUGUUCUCAACCUCUUGAAGAUCCAAUUUAUUCAACAUCCUCUCUCAUGACACUUGCUAUGGCGCUUAUGGGUGCCAUGUCAGCACUUCGAGCAUUUGGAGGCGAAUAUUUAGUAUUUUAUAGAGAAAGUCAAACUGGAUUGAGUACUUUUUGUUAUUUUUGGGCCAAAGAUAUUUCCUUAUUUAUUGUGAAUAUUUUCGCACCAGUAGUGUUCUUGAGUAUUUAUUAUACCACUGUGUCACCGAGAGCACCUGUUUAUGAAUAUUAUUAUGUACUGCUAUUGGUUUAUUGGACAUCUUACGGAUUGGGAUAUUUCAUUAGUAUAAUUAUCAAACCAAAUAUUGCUCAAUUAACAGCUGUCGUCAUUGUAUUUAUUUUUAACACUUUCAGUGGUGCUACGACUCCCCUACCAACUCUUAAAGAAAUGUAUUUCCCUAUUAAUUAUUUGCCAUACCUCUCCUAUCUGACCUACAGUCAUGAAAAUGCCUAUCUUAUUGAAUUGAAGAGAUAUGAAGGCAUGUAUGAUUUGUCAAAGAGUUUGAAAAUCAUGGGCUAUUCAUGGGACGAUUUUUACAUGACCAUUUACAUGAUGAUUGUUUAUGGAUUCAUAUUCAGAAUUGCAGCUUUUAUUGCUUUGGUUUGUGUGAAGCCUUCCAGUUUUUAUAAUUUGGCUGUUGUUUCUACCAUCAACUUUUUCCAAACAAAAGUAAGAGCCAUUAUUAGAAUGUUUAAGAGAAAGUCCAAGGAAGGAGAUGUCUAA